AUUUUUUGGGAACAUGAACCGCUUCCUUUCUUCCUUCGUAAACAUGAAUGAACAAAGCAGCGAAUCUAGAUGGAGUCCGGCUUCUCUUAAUUCCACAACACGAUUUCUGAAUUACUUCUCUUUUUCUCUCCCCUGUCUUGCGCCACAAUUCUACUGUGAACUGCACCGACACUAGUCUUUCCGAGCCCGAUUCCCCGUCUCCCAGAUUGCGUCGCCGGCGUUCCCUCUCUCCUUCCCAAGAUGAUGAUCAGAAUCCGUAGCAGAGAUGGCCUCGAACGCAUCACCGUGGACAAUCCCCAAAUCACAGUCGCAGAACUCAAGUCCCUAAUCCAAUCCAACCUCAAUGUGCCCGUCCCCACCCAAACUCUCUCCACUCACCAAAACCUCCUCCUCGCAAAAACCCCAGACGAUCUCGCCCGCUUCACCGACAUGUCCAAUCCUCGCACUCCAAUAUCUUCUCUGGGUCUCGGCCAUGGCUCCAUCGUCUACCUCGCCUACGAAGGCUCCCGCACCGUCGCCGGCCCCGCCAUCCGCCCCGCCGGCUCCUUCGGCCGCAAGAUGACCAUGGACGACCUCAUCGCCAAGCAAAUGCGCAUCGCCCGCCAGGAAUCACCCCACUGCGAGUUGGCGUCUUUCGAUCGCGACGCCGCCAAUGCGUUUCAGCACUACGUGAACGAGUCGCUGGCGUUCGCGGUCAAGCGCGGCGGGUUCAUGUACGGGACGGUGUCGCCGGAGGGCAAGGUUGAGGUGCACUUCAUCUACGAGCCGCCGCAGCAGGGGUUGGAGGACAAUUUGAUCCUGCUGCGGAACCCGGAAGAGGAGAAUGCGGUGGAGGCGAUUGCGUUGGGGUUGGGGAUGAGGAAGGUGGGGUUUAUUUUCUCGCAGACGAUUAGUCAGACCAAGAAAGAUUACACGCUCUCUAGUAGGGAGGUUCUCCAGGCGGCGGAGCUUCAUGGGGAAAGUGGAUUGAAGGAGUGGGUGACAGCGGUGGUGAAAUUGGAGGUUAGUGAGGAUGGUGGUGCUGAUGUGCACUUUGAGGCGUUUCAGAUGAGUGAUAUGUGUGUGAAAUUGUUUAAGGAAGGGUGGUUUGAGACCGAGUUGGGGGAGGAUGCUGAUCCCAAGUUGUCGAAGAUGAAGAAGGAUGUGGUUGUUGGAGGCAAGGACACCAGGGAAGUUGACAAUGAUUUCUUCUUGGUGGUUGUUAAGAUAUUUGAUCACCAGGGCCCACUUUCGUCAACCUUUCCCAUCGAGAACAGGAACAACCCAGUGACAAUGCGGGCAUUGAAAAAUCAUCUGGAUCGAGCAAAGAGUCUUCCAUUUGUGAAGCGGAUUUCUGAUUUUCAUCUUCUACUCUUACUGUCAAGGGUUUUGGACCUCAGUGCUGAUGUUCCUGCAUUGGCGGAGUGUGUGCAAAAUCAGUCAGCAGUACCAGAAGGUUACCAGCUCCUGAUAGAGUCUAUGGCGAAUGCUUCUUGAUAUUGCUUAAUCCAUGCCUUCUUUUUGAGAAACACAUGCUUCUUUGACCUCCUGGGUGUUUUUAAGAAUGUGAAGAUGCUUCGAUUCGUCUGGUCGAGUGGAGCAGUCUCCAGUGCUUUCUGACCCCAUGCACGGCCCCAAAAAAAGUGGCUCUAUACCUUGACAGUUUUAAGUUGCCCCAUGGCUGAAUGCUUUGAUAGUCAAAUCAUGUAACUAAAAAAACUAACCAGUGUGUUGCAUUAGCUGGUCUGGAUAUUUGUGUUUGCUGAAAUGAAGCAGUGUGUCUAUAUUCCAUUGUGGUUUA